AGGAUGGAUUUUUGUGUAGAAAAUGAUUUUUCUGUCGACCGGUAUGCCGGCAAUUUCCCGAGCAUGGAUGCUACUUCCCAGGAGAUGAUUUCCCGAAUGAAAGACCAAGUUAGACAGACGGCCUGCGAAGAAAUCCGAAGAAGUUUAGCGGCGUGUUCUGAGAGAUGUUUGUUUCAUGCGUCCAAGUGGCUCAUUGAGCUGUACGAUGCCAUGAUAAAUGCAGAAGACGACGAGCUGGAGGACUUCGGCGAAGAAACCACGUUUUUCGACUACGAAUACGAGCAGUAUUGCAACUUGUUGCUGGCCAGAGCGUGUUUCAACGAAGGAGAGUACGCGAGAGCCGCCUUUUUCACGCAGGAUUGCCAGGAACCCGUCGGAUUGUUUAUCCACUUCUACGCAUCGUAUCUCCAGCUCGAGCAAACACGGUUGGACAAUACGGUGGACGUAUUGGAUCCCAAAGAACCGAAACCGAAAGAACCCUGUCCCGAG